CGUUCUUAGUGUGCUCGGUAACUAAGGACCCCGAGUAACAGAAUUCUCCACAAAAAGUCCUGCUGCACGAGGAUCUUCCUUAGCAACCGUGGAUAAACAUGAGUUACUACAGCAUAAGAUAGGAGAGCCGCCGGACUAGCAUUCCUGCAGCCGCAUCCAUGGACACUAUAAAGAAUGGGGGAUCUCAGCCCGUCUACAGUCGCUGGUCAUACAGACCCUCGAGCUCUGCCAGCUUCUCCUCGAACUCAACAGCAAGUGGCAUCGAAGACGACAGCGCCAGUCUGAUGCAACAGAAGCUGGAAAAACAGAGGGCGCUGCUGGAGCAGAAGCAGCGGAGGAAGCGUCAGGAGCCUCUGAUGGUCCAGCCCAACACGGAGGCUCGGCCACGGCGCUCCAGGACGCGGCGCGGCGAGGAGCAGGCCCCACUGGUGGAGUCUCAAGUCAGCGUCACCAACGAUGUCAUCAUAGAUGGUAUCGAUGGCCCAGCAGCUUUCUUGGGCUCAGAAGCCCCCGAUCUGGGAUCAAAAGUUGUGUCACUGAGCCAGUCCCAGUCUCAGUUCCAGUUCCAGUCCCAGCCUCAGUCCCAGCCUCAGUCCCAGUCCCAGUCUCAGUUCCAGUCCCAGCUUCAGUCUCAGUCUCAGCCCCAGUCCCCUGCUGCUGAGGAGCCGGAGAGAGAUGGAGACACUGAGACGCUGCUAGAGCCCAAGACAGACAUCCAUGAACUACUGCAGAAACAAGGUCUGUCUGGCAGUAUGAACUUCGAUGAAUCCAGCGAGCACGAGGACAGCGUGGAGGAAGAACGUCCUCUGUCCCCCAACGAAGACACCACCAGGCCCUCCUCCGCCGCCAGUGGCAAGGACACUCCAGAGGUGGUGACCCCCGGAUCACCCACAGCAGAGAGCUCACUCAUCGACGUGGCCAAUCUGGAGGAGUUUGUGUUGCGUCCGGCUCCGCGCGGCGUCACCGUUAAAUGUCGAAUCACCCGGGACAAGAAGGGCAUGGACCGCGGCCUCUACCCCACCUACUUCAUGCACAUGGAGAGAGAGGACGGCAAGAGAGUGUUUUUGCUGGCAGGAAGGAAGAGAAAGAAGAGUAAGACGUCCAACUAUCUUAUUUCAGUGGAUGCCACUGAUCUGUCGCGAGAGGGAGAGAGCUUCAUCGGUAAACUGAGGUCCAACCUGAUGGGCACCAAAUUCACAGUGUACGACAAUGGCACCAAUCCCUGCAAAAACCCCGGGACGUUGCUGGAAGAGUGCAACACGCGACAGGAACUGGCUGCCAUCUGCUACGAGACCAAUGUGCUGGGAUUCAAAGGACCACGUAAGAUGACUGUAAUCAUCCCGGGCAUGAACAUGAACUUUGAAAGAGUCCCUGUAAGGCCUCAAAACGAGCAGGAAGCCCUCCUGAGCAGAUGGCAGAACCACUCUCUGGACAACCUGAUCGAGCUGCACAACAAGGCCCCCGUGUGGAACGACGACACCCAGUCUUACGUGCUCAACUUCCACGGCCGCGUCACUCAAGCUUCGGUCAAAAACUUUCAAAUAGUUCAUGACAACGACCCCGACUACAUCGUCAUGCAGUUCGGCAGAGUGGCUGAAGACAUCUUCACUCUGGACUACAACUACCCCAUGUGCGCUCUCCAGGCCUUCGCCAUCGGCCUGUCGAGCUUCGACAGCAAGCUGGCCUGUGAAUGAACUUCCACACCGCCACCUUUUCCUUUCCUCUCCUCCUCUAAAAUCUCUUCUCACAGGACCAAGCCAACAGCUACCACUAGCUUACACCAUCGGGGAGCCAGUUCACGCAGAAGUCAGUAAACAAAUAUGAGACGGAAAAAAAGAGCAAGAGGAUGCUGACGGAUCACUCUUGGUUCCUGUGAGGAAGGAAGCCUUUUUCUUCAUACCAUUUUAAUGGGGUUAUUUUAAUAUCAAUUCAAACCAUUUUUGUACAGUGGAUGCGUUCACAUGUAUACAGACUAAAAGGGAAAAGACAAAGCAGAAACUCAUCUGUGCUGCAGAGACGGGCGCUCUUGUCAGACAUCAGGUGCAAAAAAAGAACUGAUAUUAAAUGUAUGACUCAGUCAUUGUUUGUGUAUUAAUGAUGGAUUUUUCUGUUGCCUUUAAAUCUGAUUUCAUGUUUUUUGCCACACUAGUGCUGUGUAGGCUGAGAUGUCACACUACAGAGCUUAAACCUUUUCAUCUGGCGCCACCUUCAGGCCAAACUGUAGAGUUGUUUAGUGAUAAGGGACGAAGAAAGCAAAGUUUUUUUUUAAUCUAUCCGACAGUCUUUUCUGGUGAGUAACAGGCGUCACAGUCAGAAUAUCAAUCUUGUUUACACUUUUUAAAAUAUGGCUACGUGGUUUAAUCUGCCAUCUAACUAAUUCUUUUAUUAUCAUUUUGUCUCUUUUUAUUCUCGUGUGGAAGGUGCAUUAUUCAGAACUUGUGGUUUUUGUGAAUAAGUGUAAUUUUUAUCUGUGAUUUUUCUUUGUCAUAAGUUGGAUUAUCAUGAAAAAAUUGCACAUUUAAAGAGAAAGGAAACUGUAUAUAUAUAUAAAAUACAAGGUAAUGCCUUCUUAUUUCAUCUAGUCUAACAUUAAAUACUAAAUGUCAUUUCAAGACGUGGAAGUUCAGCAUUAAAACACUAGACAGGUUAUAUUUUCAUUGGUGCACAGAUACAGAAAUCACCCCAGACAAGAAAUGUACAGUAUCUACGCUGAGUAUUCAAGAUAAACGUGACGUUCUAUUGAGUUGAGAUGGAUUUGGACGCUAUCUUGUACUGCCCUCAUCUCAUCUGCCUCGAAACUUCAAUAUAACUGCCAGCGUCUCUUCAUCUCCAUCUCCUCCCUUUGUGAAAUAUAAGGGAAACUUAAGGGAAAUCAAGAAAGGAUUGUAUACUUUAUACGUCAUGAUUAAAUGUCCCUAAUAUUUUGUUAACUCAGUGUCCUGUAUGUGUGCGAGGGACACAUGUGAAAACAUCUGUAUAGAUCAUGUUCAGGGUCAUUAAUAAUUCAAAUCUGGAUCCUUUAAAGAUAAAGUGUUCAGUGUUUUUUCAGGGGUAGAUAUAUAACUGCUAUUUGAAUAGAAAUCCUCCUCAACAUGCAAACAAACAGCUACGUUUUAAGGAAAAUUAAUAUUAACAAAUAUUUUCAAUAUAAGUGUGUGCUGGCAAAUUUAUGAAAAAUCCAGUUUUGUCAUUUUGUGUGAAUUAUGAAAAGAGAGA